UUUCAUAUUUUUGGUUUUUUUAAAUGAGUUAAUCUGAAAGUCUUGUUCAGAUAGAGAGAUUUCAAUUCGCUGAUAGACUUUGCUGAUGAACUAAGCAGAUGACUACAUUCUCUAAAUUAUAGAGUGAUUUGCUUCUUGCUAGACCAAGGGAUUUCUUAUUGCGCUAUUUCAAUGGAAAGCAUGGAACUUCGAAGAUUACAUUGCUCAAAACUUGGUUUUUCUUUUACUAUUUUUGCCAAGAGGUGUUUCAUUAAUAACUUAAUGGAUAAGCAUCUAAGAAAGAUUAUUUGUGUAAUGGAUAAUGCAAUUUUCAAAGUCUUUAAGCUCAAGAGGGAGGGAAAAUGACUUAUUCUAGGAAGAUUAUGAGCUUGCCUUUCUAAUCGCUAAAGCGGAAUAGACCCAUGUCUGUUUCAGUGAUUUGAACUCGAAUGGUGCUUUAUUGAAGGCUUAAAAAAAAUCUAUGGGCUAGAUUUUGACUGUUCAGUCGCACUAUAGGUUCUCUGCUUUGAUCGUUGUUCUUGCCAUGAACUAUUUUGAUAGAUUCAUUUCAAAUGUGCAAUUUCAAAGGGAUAAACCGUGGGUGAGUCAACUCACUGCUGUAAGUUGUUUAUCUCUAGCUACCAAAGUGAAGGAGACCCAUGUGCCUUUGCUUCUGGACCUGCAAGUAGAGGAAUCAAGAUUUAUAUUUGAAGUGAAGACUAGCCAGAGAACGGAUCUCCUAGUACUAUCAACUCUAAAGUGGAGACUAAAGUGGAGAAUGUAUCUGGUAACCCCAAUUUCAUUCUUUAAUCACAUCAUCAGGAGGCUUGGUUGGAAGACCCAUUUCCACUGGAAGUUUUUAUGUAAGUGUGAGCACCUCCUCCUCUCUAUCAUUCCAGAUUCAAGAUUUGUAAGCUAUCUCCCUUCCAUACUAGCUACUGCAACAAUGCUGCAUGUUAUUAAUGAGAUUGAACCAUUUAAUCCGUUGGAAUACUAAAACCAGCUCAUAUGUGUACUUAAAAUCAAAUAGGUUGAUAGCUAAUUUCAUUUCAUUCUCUAUUUUUAUGUAGUUUAUUAUAAAUAAUUGUGUAAUGCUAGUUUUAAACUGAUGACUCUAUGAUGCAAUAGGACACUAUGAAUGAGUGUUAUAAGCUCAUCUAGAAACAAACCAUGACUACAUCCAACAGCCAAGUCAUUUUGAUCUUCCCAGAAUGAGGAGUGUACUUGAAUAGGUUAGUAGAAUUUCUAUCUGAAAGUCUUUGCACACUUUCCACUUUGAUACAUAACCGUUCAACCAUCAACUUCACAUGUGAGUGCAUAAUCAUGACAAGAGUUCGUGAGAUUUUGAAUUUCAAAAAACUGUCUCCAUCUAAUCCUGUACCACUACUUUGACCAGAUGGAAGGUUGGG